AUGCGUGCUCAUAAACUUUUAUUUUUAAUAUUUUUGGUAUUAUAUUUUAUUGCCGGGUUAUGUUUAUUAAUAACUGGAUCAGUGGCUCAUAGUCACGCUAAACAAUAUGCUGAAAUUACUGGUCAUUCAUUAAUGGGUGGAGCAGGUUUUAUAAUUGCUCUUGGAGUUAUUAUUCUUCUAUUAUGUAUUGUGGGUUUUAUUGGUGCAUGGAAAAAUCAUUUAAAACUAUUAACAUGUUCGUAUAAAUGUUUUUUUCUUUCGUCAUCACAAAGUCAAUCUUUGUUAGUAGCUUUCAACGUGUUUAUUGUUUCAUUGGGCCUUAUUUUAUUACUUCAAUUAAUCGCCGCUAUUGUUGCAUUUACAUUACGUAAUAAAGCUGAUGAGCGAUUACGAGCACAAUUAAUUACCAGUAUGAAACAAUAUGAUAAAAAUGAGCGUGUAACAAUAGAAUGGGAUCGUGUUCAAAGUACUUAUGAAUGCUGUGGUACUAAUAGUAAGAGCGAUUGGAAUGCAACCUCGCCACCAAAAAAUCUACCACUAUCAUGUUGUAAAGAGCAUGUUUGUACUCCUGAUAAUAAUAUUUAUACAACUGGUUGUUAUGAGGCAGCAAGGAAGUUAUUUUAUCGUUAUAGCGCAGCAUUAGGUGGUGUUGCUAUAUUUUUCUUUUUUAUCGAAAUUAUUGGUUUUAUAUUAGCCAUUACAUUAUUAAGAGAUUUAAAAAAUAAUUAUGGAUCAGUUUAA